CCUCGCAGACCACAAAGCCCUUCUCGCCAUUUCUAAUGUCCGCCGGAUGUCAAUUCUUUUUCAAGCAAAUUCAAAGCUUCCAUAAACAUCCUAUUCAACACAAAUUAAAUUCGUAUUAAAAAAAACACAAAUUAAAUUAAUCAGUCUGAACCCAAAAAAUAAAAAAUAAAAAAAAUAAAAAUCAUCGCAGCGGACAGCAGACGGCGUUUCACAAUUAUAGUAGCCAUAUUCAAGUCUCGAGGCACCGAUUAUGAACUUAGGGUUCUAUUGAAUGCGCCAAUCUGUGUAGUAGAACUGUGAAUGAUGUCAAGACCUGUGUUGCUUGUUUUUCUGCUUAUUGUUCUCAUAAUCACUUCCCAGUUUGAGUGGAGGCAACCACUUGUGGUUGACCUUGACGCAACUCCAAGCAUCUCUCAAAAGCAGAAUCAGAUCUCAAAUAGAGAAGAAGCCGUAAAAGAGAAGAUCAUAUUAUUGCAAGAAAAGAACAUUCAGAGACUAAAUGAGCUUGUUCGUAGUCUCCGGGAACAGUUGGUACAGUGUAGGAGCAAGACUCAGACCACAAAUCACACUGUAAGCUUCCUAACUGAACGUGUUACUGAACUUGAACAACAUCAGAUACUCGAGGACUAGGUUGAGCCCAUGGAAAUAUAUGGCUAACACUUGUAAUAUGUUUGACCUGUAAAAACCUCUUCUUUUUUUUUUUUUUACCAAGUUACACAAUUUACUUUGAAUUUAGAAUGGAAACUACUCAUGGCGUCAGUGGCCUACCACACUAGGCAGAAGUUAUUCAAAUGUAAAGUUCACAUCUCAGAGAAUCUUGUUGUCACAUUAUGACUACAUUUUCCCUCGUUAAAAGAAAUGUUAUAGCCAGA